AUGCAGUCUCAGCGCGAUUACUACGACGACGGCUCCGGCGCCGAUCAGUCUUAUGGCAACCCGGUUGAGAUGCACGACAUGAACAACCGGAGCCCGCCAUACCAACGGAUGCCGCCGCCACGUACUCAACGCCAGUAUGCUAACAAUGUGCAGCCGCCGGCGGCUGACCAGUACAGUUACGUACCCCAGGCCCAGGACGACGGCUACGCAACACCCUCUCCGUACCAGGAACGACCGGACCGGCGCUGGAUGACCGGCCCGCCAUCCACAGACUUCUCCCGGCCGCUUGUGUCGCCUCGCCAAGCGCCGAUCUACCAGUCCGCCCACACGUCUUCGACCGCUGUCGACAUGGACGGAGACAAUGCGUCGUCUGGUUCCCCCCCCUGGGCGAUGAAUCUCAACAACAGCAGCGGCUUUCUGACCGAGUCGCACAACAUGUACAACAGCGGCUUCCAUUCCAACAUGUCCUCGCCACGCAACAGCGCCCGCGCCAGCACCACGGACCUAGCCUUUCUGAAACGCCACAAAGCCAUGUCGUCCAUGACCGACUCGCGCCCUCCCAGCCGUGACCAGAGCCACGUCACACUCACCAACCUGCUGAAUCAGACGCCGGAGCCCGUGCUCAGCGAAGACUGGGUCGUACCGGGUACCGUUGCCCAGAUCCACAACCGCGACGACGCCGACACCUGGAAGGGCUGGCGCCGCUUGGUCUACAAGUUUACGCCGUACCUGACGGUCCUCAACAUGGGCCUGUACCUCCUGUACCUGACGUACCGCAUUAUCUGUAUUGUGUCCGCCCAGAACAGGUUUCGCACCGUUUUUGCCGCCGCCUGGCUGUUUGUGGCUGUCGAGGUUGCCACAGCCAUUCCAUCGCUUAUGCACAACUGCUGGACUGUCAUGGCCAUCCACAAGCGCCGCCGGCCCAAGCUGCGGUGGAUGGGUGACGACGCCCCGACCGUGGAUGUGUUCAUUACGUGCUGCAAGGAGGACAAUGACGUCGUCAUGGACACGGUGCGUGGUGCCUGCGACCUCGACUAUCCCCGCAAGCGCUUCCGGGUUAUUGUGCUUGACGACGGCGCCGUGGAGAGUUUGGCCAAGGAGGUCGAGGCGCUGUCUGCAACGUACCCGAACCUCAUGUACAUUGCCCGCCCCAAGUACCCCGGCGUGCCCCACCACUUCAAAGCUGGUAAUCUCAACUACGGUCUGGACGCGUCGCUGUCGUUCCCCGGCGGUGCCGGCGAGUACAUGGCUGCUUUGGAUGCUGAUAUGAUUCCCGAACGCCAGUGGCUGCGUGCCGUCAUUCCCCACCUCGUCGUGGAUCCCAAGAUGGCCCUUGCCUGCCCUCCCCAGCUCUUCUACAACACGCCGCCUGGCGACCCGCUGGCCCAGAGCCUGGACUUUUUUGUGCAUGUCAUCGAGCCUAUUAAGGACACUAUGGGUGUCGCGUGGUGCACUGGGUCUGGCUAUGUGGCCCGUCGCGAAGCCCUGACUGAGAUUGGCAACUUCCCGCUCGGAUCCCUGGCUGAAGACGUCGCCACCUCCACGAAGAUGCUUGGUAAGGGCUGGAAGACAGCUUUUAUCCACGAACCCCUGCAGUACGGCACGGUUCCCGACGAUUUUGCCAGUCACCUGAAGCAGCGCACGCGCUGGGCCAUCGGCACCGUCGAUACGUCCUUCAAGCUCAACUUUUGUCUGUGGGGCGACUCGGUGCGCCAAAUGACCUUCGCCCAGCGCUUCUCGGGCUUCCUGUAUGCCUCGCUGUCGCUCUACACCAUCCUGCUCAACAUCUCGCUCUUUGCCAUCCCCGUCAUCCUGCUGCUCGGCAAGCAGCUCGUUGCGUAUGCGGACGAGAACCAGCUCCGCUGGCUUGUGCGCGCCUGCUUUGCUGCCAUGAUGUCGAACCGCCUGUGCGAGCUUGUCAUGUUCAUCCCCGCCGGCUACCACACCGGCCAGCGUGGCUCGCGCUACCAGCUGUGGAUGUCGCCCUACAUUGCGCUGUGCCUGAUUCGCGCCUUUGCCCUGCCCAAGUGGCUCGGUGGCCAGGCCCAGGCGUUCACGCCCACCGGCUCCAUCUCGUCCAAGCUCAACGAGCGCGACGCUCGGAUGCGCAAGAACAUGAUCAAGCGGCUGUGGGCCAUCGUCGUCAACUACAUGGGCUGGUUCCACAUGAUCUUUGUGUACAUUACGCUUGUCGGUGUCGCCAUGUCUACCUACCGCUGCUUCUUUUGGUACACGUCGGUCAAAGCCGUGUUGCAGGGCCUGGUCACGCACGCCUACUGGCCGCCGCUGACCUUCCUCUUCAUUUGCAGCUCUAUGUGGACCCCCAUUGCCUAUGCCAUCGACCCGCCCAGCAUGCCGGACCGCGAGGAGCUGCUCAACCGCGACCCCAAGACUGGCGUUGCCCAUCCCACUGACAAGGCCAAGAAGAUUGCCAUGAAUGGCCAGACCGCAUGGUACGAGCUGGAGUACACUACGACCACGCUGUACACCACACUCAUCUUUGUCAUGUCCUUCCUGCCUUUCUUGUUUUAG